UCAUGAUUGUGUCAUGCGGCUGCUUAUAUGUACAAUAUGUGCAAUUCGAAAGUGAAAACGAUGUGAUACAUAAUUUGUUUAUUUUAGUUGUGUGGGGAAGACCAAGGACCUAUAUUUAGCCACGCUGCUCACGCAACGGGGAAAACCCAGUUCACCUAACCGCGUCUAUAGUUGAACCAGGGACAAAAAGAUGUUAACACCGCGUGGGUGACUCACUCUGCUCCGAAGCAUCGGUUUCAUACGUUCAUUUUUUUGUGGUCUCAUCUGCUCACGUCUUCUAACAUUUCGCAAAGAUUCCUGCAUCAGGAUGGUGGACCCUACAUUAAUUUUGAUGGAGACUUUGGUGCUUCUGUUUUACCUCGAUGACAGUAAAGCGGUCGUCCAAGAGUGUUCGGACGUCUGCGACUUCGACGAGUGGGGUAAAGAAGCAGAGUGUCAAGGUCGGGCCCUGGAGUCUGUUCCUCAAGGGUGUCUCCAUGCAAAGACCCUUCAGAUGCAGGACAACCGCUUGGCAAAGUUGGCUCAAGGAUCCUUUAGAAACUUUACCUGCCUCAAGUAUCUGUACUUGGAGAGAAACAACAUGACAGUGGAGGUAGGAGCCUUCGAAGGGUGUUCCAGAUUGGAGAAAGUCCAUCUGAAUCAGAAUCAUCUUCCAAUCCUGACGAAAGGUAUCCUGGAUGGGAUGCCGAGGGUCCUCUACAUGUUCCUGAAUAAUGCUAGCGUUCACGAGAUUCAACCUAGGGCCUUUGGGAAUAUGUCACAAUUGAAGUUUUUAUCCCUUGAAGACAAUCGAUUAAACACACCACCUUGCGAUGCUUUCAGCAUCGACAGUUCCCUCGAGACCCUUUAUCUCACAGGUAACAAUAUCUCCUAUUUACCAAAUAAUUGUUUUAGUGGAUUCAGCCGCUUAACCAAACUAUACCUGAAAAGGAACCCUCUCGUCAACCCGAACCUGUUUGCAUUCAAAGGUUUAGAGAGUCUCACUGUGUUGGAUCUUCAGUUCACCAAUUUGACAGAAGUACCAACCGGUAUAUUUCAGAACGCCAUCAACAUUGAAAAGCUGUAUCUUUCAUUCAACAACAUCUCGCAUUUAUCUAACCGUGACUUCAUGAGCCUGUAUAGACUGACGAACCUUUAUCUCCAGCACAAUAAUCUCAUUGUAAUCCAAGAACAAUCAUUCGAAUUCCUAAGCGCUCUUCAUACGUUAGAUCUUUCAUUCAACAGAAUCAGUUCAAUACGAGAGAACGCUUUAUCGCAUCUCAGUAAUAUCAGAGAUAUAAAGCUACAGAACAAUCUCUUAACAUCGACACGAAACAUUUCAUUUAAUACUUUACCCAAUGAAACCAAAGUCAACUUCACUCACAAUCCCCUGCAUUGCGACUGUUUCCUGGAACCUUUCCUGGCUUGGUCUAAGGCAUCAUCCACCAAUGUUCUUGAUGGCUCGCUCGAUACUUCACACAAUGCCCGAUGUUCAUCCCCUCCAGUAUUCAAAGGAAGAUUGGUCCUGGGCAUACGACGCGAUGACAUUUGUCCUGAAGAACCCGGAGUAAGCUUUGAAUCGCAUACAGUAUCUGCUCCUGAUAUGGAAAGAGAAGAGCGUGUCGAUUUAUCCAAGACUUCUGCAUUUCCCGCCACAGUGGUGACGGUCAUUGCCGUAGUGGUCAUACUUAUCAUCGUCGUAGUAAUCGUGUCUGUCGCCUUACUUCGAAGGAGGAAACAGAAUAUCAGAAAGAGGCAGCGACAUGAUCUCGAGACUAAUAUCCAAAUCACCACAAACCCUUUGGAUACUGCGAUUCUCCGUGGUCAUAGACAGAUAACAUCGCCAUCGCCUCCCUCUCUGAUACCCGUUGAUGACCCAUACUACAUCUCAAUUAACGAUGAAAGCCCAUGUCAAUCACCUGUACAUCCUCCUCUACAUCAUCCUAUGCCGCCACGCUUCUCUUCUCAGUCAAACAUGAAUCAGGAUGGUAUUAUCUACUCCAGUGUCUUGCCUGAUGGUGAUCCUCAACGCACCACUGAUAAUGACGUCACUUACACAAGUGUUCAGCAUGAUGAUACGGAUUCAGGACCAGUCACGAGGCCGUUGAGCAUGAUGAAUGAGAUGCCAAUUGAAGAGUGGAUGAGGAAGAAUUGCCGGUUAGACAGCGGUACCAGCCCCUCUGGAACGACUCACAACUCGGAGACUAAACUUACCGGAAAUGCGGGCUCACCAUAUAUAACAAUGAUAACACACACCUAAGGAGUCUGCUAAUAAAAUGAAGAAAAAAGUAUGGAGAUAUUUCGACAAGGUCGCAACAGCUUUCGACAAAUCAACUCGGGGCAAUUUCAAUGCCCUACGGUAUAUCCGAUAGAAAUCAUGUUAGUUUUACGCUUAAUACGUAAUUGUAAUGUUUACAAAUAUCAAAAGGUGAUGGUAACGUCUAUUCAUAUUUAGUUAUUUUGGGCGUCUUUGCGAUCGCGUUAUUUAUUUCCAUCAUUUUCCGUAUUACAAAAGAUUUCCACAAUCAAAUUUUCCAGUGCAAACCAUUUUGUUGGCUUUGAAUGUGAAAACAGAACCCUAUGCAGAGAUACUUUUUAACAAAAAUACAUAAUGCUGCUCGAAGUAGUGACCCUAUCCAACAAACACAGUUACAUCACACUGUAUGUAUGUAUGUUCUAUAUUUCGUACUUCUGUCCCUCUUCUUAUAAUGCAGAUCCUUUUAUGCGAUUGCUUUUUUUCCUUCACAAGACAAUUAGCUCACAUUGAGAAUUUUAUUUCAAGUGGAUUCGGCGCCUUAUAAAUCUCAUAUAAUUAUUUCAUGCAACAAUAUAUCUCUAAUUAUCACACUCGGUGUUUGGUUAUAAAAGCCACCCAUUUGAUGUGUACACGAACUCUUCCGCUGGCGGGGGAAGGGGCGCAAUGCAGCCCCCUGUGCCAUCAAUCCAAGUGCAGGUUGCAUAGAAUUACUUUUUCUUGGCAUUUAGAGGGAAAGAGGGCGUAUGCCGGCUUCAUCCUGCAUCAUUUAUGCCAGUGUUCAAAUUGUCGUUACUCGUUAGGGUAUAGAAUUCAUUAACAAAAGCCGAAAUUACAUUCUUGUGAAGCUCCGAUAAUAUUGCUGUUCGUUCACAGAUAACGACAAAAUAUUGCACAUUACUAACUUGUUUUGAAUUGUAUAACUUUUAGAUAUAAAGGGUGUAGCUUCAGUCGUUUUUGGUUGGUCGAUUGAUUGAAACGUAUUCGUUCUUAUUUUGUAAUGAAUCAGUAAAUUACUGAACAAAAUAUAUGCCAUUUCCUAUUACGACGAUCGAGACGAUUGUUCUUAAAAGCAAUUAAACGUUCCAUAUUUUAAAAGUUUAAGAGCUCGUAGAAAAGAACGAAAAAAUAGUGGAAUAAUGUUUUGCAUUCUACUGUAUUGACAAAAUAAUAAUGUUUGGUAAUGAGGGUACCAAAAAAAAUUCUUCCAGUGAACAAAACAUUACGAAUAUUUUUUUUCUUUUAACCAUGAAAACAUAUCAUUCCAAAGAGAUCGUACAUGACGGAUGUUUUUUUUAAAUGUUUAGAUACAUGCUUUUACUGCCAAGAACAUUUGUAUUCAAUUUGUAUAUUACUUGUAUGAUUGUAUAAACACUUAUACAUAAUAACCAUUAACACUCGGUUUGUAUCUCUUUGGAUCAAAGAGAAUACUAAUAUGUAUAUAUACCGAUGAGUGAAUAUUUUGUAAAGAGAGAUAUUUUUAUAUUUAGGUUAUAAUUAGGAUUAGAAAAAAUGUACAUGACUUGUGUAUGUAUUAUAUCUGUAUAUUCCAUCGUGACGUCAUAUCGAUAAGGCAUUUCGACUGGAAUUUUUAAACCUUGAUAUUACUCAGAAUGCCCCCUUAGGAGCCCAAACAAAACAAAACAGUAA